AUGUUCCUUGGAACAUGCGACAGGACUGUUGUCAACUGGGAUCACUUCGCUUCACUGGCGAGUUUGUGUGAAGAUUCCGUCAGCGACAACAUCGAUGAAGAAUACGACCGGCUCAUCGAACAUCUUUACGACUGCGCCACGAAAGCUGAGAGUCUUAAAGAAACAGGCGAGUGUCGAGGCGAUACAGAUUGCAAGUAUUCGCGUCAUGACCCACACACAAUCAGCUGA